AAUUUUGACGACUUGGUGUCUUUGCCAGGAGUUGGGAGAAAGAGUGCUAAUGUAUUUUUAAAUUCAGGACUUGGCAUUCCAACAUUGGCAGUUGAUACUCAUGUUUUUAGAGUGAGCAAUAAAAUUGGCCUUGUGAAAGAAAAAGACGUGUUCAAAACAGAGAAAUCUCUUUUAAAUGUAGUUCCAAAAAAA